AUACAAAACAAUAGACAGUAUUUAAAAAACAGACAAUGCGUUCAAAUGCCAAACAUUUAGUGAUUAUUUUAUCCUUCAUUUGUCUGUCGCCGGAAAUUGAGUGCAAAAAACUCAAACUUUUAUUAAUCGUGCACCGACACGGAGACAGGAGUCCAUGCAUUUCAUACCCGACCGACCCGUUCAACAACGAGGACCAGUACUGGCCCGACGGCUACAGUCACCUCACGAUCAAAGGGAAACAACGGAUGUACUCAUUGGGCAAAUACCUGCGCAAACGGUACGACCACUUCUUAGGCACCAGUCCUCGGGAGGCGUGGGUCCGGAGCUCAGCCCGCGAACGGUGUCUGGAGAGCUCGGCUAUGUUGUUGGCCGGCCUCUACCCGCCCACUGGCCGCUGGGUGUGGAACCGCCAGUUGGGCCAUAUCUGGCAACCGGUGCCCAUCAAAACGGUCGAGUUUGAAAAGGACGGCAUGUUAAACCCGGACUCCAACUGUCCGAUGGCUGCCCGAGUGAUGGCACUGAUAGACCGGUCGCCGGCUGUGCAACAGUUGUACCGCAAAUAUAAGCCGUUGAUGGCGUUCAUUGAACAGAAGAGCGGUAUGAAGAUUGGCCACUACUGGGACGGCAGGGAUCUGUUUGACACGCUGUACGUCCAGCGCCAGAAUCAGUACUCUUUGCCCGAUUGGGUCAACCAAACCGUAUGGAAAUGUUUGCAACAAUUUAACGUAAAGUCAUUUGUGUUUGACUCGUCCAACGCUGCCAUACGAAGACUCAGAGCUGGAAAACCAAACAAAUUAUUUGAGCCCAUAAUUGGCCAGACAUUACACUAUACGGUGGGCGCCAUUGUCUUUGACGAGACAACAGGUGAUGUGCUACUCAUCCAGGAGUCAAAGACCGGGUUCCGGGGUCUGUGGUCGUGGCCGGCGGGUAAGCCUCAGCCCCGAGAGUCACUCACGGCUGCCGUACGGCGUAAAGUGUGCGAAGAGUCCGGUUAUGAGAUCGCAGUGACGGCACUGGCAGUGGUGGAGAGCCUAUGCGGCCAAGAGUUUAGGUUCACAUUCGCCGGCCGUGUGGUCGGCGGCCAACUCAAGACAUGGGAAGAUUGCCAUUCAAUGUGUGCCCAAUGGUUCACACGCCCGGAGCUAUAUAAUUACGCUCACAAUCCGUAUCGUAGGGACAGGACAUUGAAACUGAUUAACACCGUAUGGCAUAGUAGGCGCCAGGCGCUGAAAGCACCGCCAGUGGCCAUACGGACCCACAAUCGUAUGCUUAUGCGGGUUGUGUUCACGGUUUCAAAUGAGAAAAAUCAAUACGUGUUGGUCUCCCGGCGCCCGCACCCACACCUACCAGUCUGCGCCCUUCGCCGCAAAAGCUGCCCGAGCAUCACACUUAACAUGUUUAUACAGAGGAUAUUUGUGGGCACAGAUAUGGGCCAUCAUAUCCCGUGCGGUGUAUUAUCGGUUGAGCACAACGCUGUGUCCGUCCCGACACACGACGGCCUAUGCCUGACUGUGUUAGUCAAAUGCCUGGUGCCGUACGAUAAGGCAGUUCCCGCCGGUGAUGGCUAUGUAUGGCAAGCGAUGAGUCUACGACUGGCCCGACAGCUCAAGACAUACUUCACUUGUAAGCAAAAGAUAAUGAUUGAGUGGUGGGCUAAGAAAUAA